UGCGUAAUAAGGUCCCCGAGAAGUGUCACUGGCCCUGAUUGGGACCCCGUACGUAGCCGGUUCUCUCCCCGGUAGUGGCCUGCCCCCGCUGCUUGGCGGGCUAGGACAGGGGAAAUGUUGCAGGAGGAGUCGGAUCUCGCUCUCAUUAUUGCCCAGAUAGUCCAAAAGCUCAAGGGCUCCAAUUUGUACGCUCAGUUGGAACGGCAGGCCUGGGCCAGUCUUCAGAGACCUGAGAUUAAACUUGAAUCACUAAAAGAAGAUAUUAAGGAAUUCUUUAAAAUAUCAGGUUGGGAGAAGAAACUUCAGAAUGCUGUGUACAGUGAACUGAGUGUGUUUCCUUUACCCAGUCAUCCUGCUGCACCUCCUGAACAUCUUAAAGAACCUUUGGUAUACAUGAGGAAAGCACAGGUUUUAAUUAAUCUUCGCAACCCAAAUUAUGAAAAUGGUGAUUCUCAUAGUUUCAGGACUCAUUUGGGUUUAAUCCAAGUUCCUCUCAAAGUAAAAGACAUCCCUGAAUUGAAAGAAUUCUUUGUGGAACUUGGCUUAACUGCAGGGCAACUUGGUAUAGAUGACUCUACACAAGUGCCUCCUGAACUUUUUGAAAAUGAGCAUGUACGUAUUGGGCAAAAAGUUCUAUCAGAACAAGAUAGUGCUGCUGCUCAACAGUAUAUCAGACAAGGAAGUCCCACAGCACUGAGAGCUGAAUUAUGGGCUCUCAUUUUGAAUAUUUCCAGCCAACCUGAGGAUAUCUUGUAUUAUGAGCAGCUUAAGACUAAUGUGAUACAACAUGACCUUUUGGUGGACAGUUUAAUUUAUAAAGAUGUGAAAUUGACAGCAAGCAAUGAUGAUUAUUAUUUUGUAUUUGAAGAUUACUUAUAUCAGGUAUUACUUUGUUUCUCCCGAGAUACAUCUGUGUUGGGUCACUUUGCAUACAACAGUGCUUCACCACCGAAAUCAUACAUAAGAGGAAAACUAGGACUAGAAGAAUAUGCUGUCUUUUAUCCACCAAAUGGUGUAAUCCCUUUUCAUGGAUUUUCAAUGUAUGUUGCACCACUUUGUUUUCUGUACCAUGAACCUUCCAAAUUGUAUCAGAUAUUCCGUGAGAUGUAUGUGCGUUUUUUCUUCAGACUUCAUUCUAUCUCUUCUCAUCCUUCUGGUAUCGUGUCACUCUGUCUGCUGUUUGAAACUCUUCUUCAAACUUAUCUCCCCCAACUCUUUUAUCAUCUACGAGAAAUUGGGGCUCAACCACUUCGCAUAUCGUUUAAAUGGAUGGUUCGAGCUUUCUCUGGAUACUUAGCUACAGAUCAACUCUUGCUUUUGUGGGAUAGAAUCCUAGGGUACAACUCUCUGGAAAUUCUUGCUGUCCUGGCAGCUGCUGUGUUUGCUUUCCGAGCAGUGAACCUGAUGGAGGUGACAUCACUGGCUGCAGCUGAAGCAGUUCUUGCUGACCUUUCUACUUUAAAAGUUAUGCCUCUUCUUCAAAUUUUUCUGUUUGCUACUGUCACCUGAUCUUCUCCAAGGUCACUGACAACACAUCUAGUUUUUCAUUAGAAAGUAAUCAUGAACUAUGCAAACUCUGCAUAAAACCAAAAUUAAACUUUGCAUAUAAGCCAAUAAAGAUCAUGUUCCUCCUCAGUUAAACCUAAGUAGUUUUUCACUUUUUGAAACAAUAACUCUGCACACCACGUAUUGCACUGCAUGCUGCUGAUUUUCAAGAGAGAAGCAGUAGAUAUAACUUCUGCUAAAUUGAGCAUACAUAGCAUAGAUAACCCUGGCUUGUAAAAGGCAUGUAACAAUAUAUGCAAUAAGAACUAAAGAUACUGUAAUAAACUUGAAUAGGUAAUGUAGCCUCUGGGACAGUUCUCUUAUGUCAGUUUGUAAAUUUAUCUCUAGAUAAUGAAUCAUUUUGUCUUAUAAAUUGCAUUUCACUCAAAGCCAGGGGUGGGGUAGGA